AGUCGGGGCGGCUGCUGCUCUCGUGAGAACAGAGGACCCAGGCCCUCAGAGGAGCUUCGUGGUGCCAGCCUCUGCAGGUCCUCUGAGGGAGCAACAUCAGGGCUCCCUCAGGUUCAGAGGUCGCCUCUAGCUUCCCAGGCCAGUCAGCCAUGGAGCCCGUGGGCAGGAAGGGCAGCAGGAUGGCUGCCAAGGACCAGUUGGAGGUUCAAGUUAUGGCCGCCCAGGAAAUGGAGCUUGCAGGAAAGGAUCCAGUAAGUCAUGAGCAUGAGGAAAGAAAACCUGUUACAGAGACAAAGGAGGGAGAUGUAACUGAUGAGCAUGGGGAAAGAGGAUCUUUUGCUGAAACAGAUGAACACACGGGGGUUGAUACCAAGGAGCUAGAAGAUAUUGCAGCUGACACUAAAGAGCAUCUUGCUGCAAAGAGAAAAAGGAUUGAAAAGAUUGCAAAAGCUUGCAGCGAAAUAAAGAACAGAAUUAAAAAUGUUUUGAGAACAACACAACUAAAAAGGCAGAAACGUGAUUAUAGAAUUUCUCUGAAGUUGCCGAAUGUCCUUGAAGGGGUCAUCACAGAUGAGCAGAAAGAUGAGGAAGGAGAUGGAGAAAAGGAAGAACAAAUUAAAAUAUUUCAAGAGCAACAAAAGAGGUGGCAACAAGAUGGGAAAGGAACUGAAAGAGAUUGAGCCACCACACGAGCAAUUCACAAAGUUUUUAGGAGAUCAGCGACAAAUCUUUAGUGGGAGGCAGAAAGUCCAUAAGUCCUUUCUGGAUGUCUUUUUUACUUGUGUUGUUUCAAGAGUUUUAGUUAAAUAGGAAGUAGGCAAAUGUAACUCUUUUGUUUUCUGCUGUAAUGUAGGAGUGUUUUAUGGCAUAUUCACUUUCAAAAUUAUUAGUGACUAGUAAUGGUUUUACAUGACAAUUUGUAAUCAUAAGAGAUGGUUCAGAUGUAUAACAGAAUGGGAAAGCCAGCAGAUUAUUAACAUGUUGUGAAUUGUGAAUUAUCUGCUGUCGUACAGCACAUUAGCAAAUUGUCAUCGGACAAUGACCUCUUCUUCAUGUAGAUGUAUAUUAUUUAGGAAACAAUGGAAUUCCCUUCUGGGAGGUAAGAUAUUCUUUUUAAUAACCUUGUGGAAAGACAUGUUCAUAUGUCACUCCUCUACACUAACUGAGAUGUGUUAAAUAAACUGGGAAAAGAGUUUGAAAAUAGAAUUUUCAAGCAACUCAAGGAUUAUCUAUACACAAAACAGUUAUUUAUAUAGAAGUCACAAGUAGAGAACAUGUUGCUAUAAUGUUCCCCAGAAACCAUUUAUUAAUUGGUAUGAACAUGAGACUAGAAAAGUUUUCCUGUCAAUGUUAAUGCUACAUGUUACCACUUAGGGUAGGAACUUCGGUAUCAUCUUGGACUCUUCUGAGUCCAUUAUCUUUCCCAUACAGUUUUCAUGAGGCAAGUUUUACUCUGCAAUGGUCCUUAAAUUUCUUUUUUUUAAAUUGCCACUGAGGCAACCCUAGUUCAAGAACUCAUUCUUCCUUGCUUGUACUAUUAAACUCUUUUCUGAGUUCUCUCUUCUCUUCUGAGCCACCCUUCAUUGAUCAGAAAUACUAUCUUCCGAAAACUCUUCCCUUCCUAAAAUGCUUCUAGCCCUUCACUCUUCCCAGCCUGUCAGUGGUAUCCACAUGUCAGUUCUUAGAUAUUCAGAGACUCUCCCCUUUACAUGACCCCCUCUUAGGCUUGUUUUACUGCCUUCUGUCUUUCUUCCCGCCUCUCCAGGUUGACAGCCUUCUCUGAACGACCUCUCCAUUACUCUCAUGCUUUGCUCAUGCUCUUCCCUCACGAUGCUUUUAAAGUCCUUUUUUUUUUUGACCGAUUGAAAUCUUUUGCCAACUAAGUGGACAUCAGUCUCCAUUUUUGGCUACAUGUCCGAGUGAGUUGCUCUUCCACAGCAGUUACAUAAGUUUUGUAUUAUUUUUUUUAUUCGUGCAUAUUUGCUCAUGUCACAGGAAUAUGGAAGAGAUUGUGUAUUCAUUUUUUACAUCUUCCUCAGCAUUAACAUACCACUUUUUAGGGAGUAGGAACUGUUGAACUAUUUGUUGAGAGAAUAGUAUAUAUUUCAAACAUAGUUAUGUUUUCUCUAACUUGAUGAGGUCAUGUCACAGAGCAUUUUAUCCCUUCAGUGGAAACCAUGUUAUGUCGACUAUUAGUGAUAACAAAUGGGUCGCUAUCUGGUGAAAAAAUAUGGUAUUUCAUUAUCUAAGACUACCAGUCUUUUUCUGUUUUUGCUCCAUCUUGACCAUAACAUAUUCAUCAAACCAUUUUCUUCAAGCAAAGUACAUGACUGUUGGACCUGCUAUAAUAAUAUUUCACUAAAAUCUGGCAUUAAAAAUUUUAAGUAUUUGGAGCUCCAUGUACUGAUUACAGUUUUUAAAUUUGAAAUAAAUAACCAGCAUCCUUUGAAUAUUAAAAGCUGUUUCCUUUUGACAUUUAAUUUACUCUCUUUAAAAUGUGAGUUGUAAAGUGAUGGUUUGUCAGUGAACUAGACUUUUUGUUUUAGAGUGUGAGGACUUGGAAGAGUAUAAUGAAAGCCCUCUUUUUGGUGAAGAGAGUCAACUUAAAAAAUAAAUUGCCACGUUCCAAAAUAAUAUUGUGGUAAUUGUAAGUAGUGCAUAUUUUAUCUUAAAAACUCAGGAUUGAUGUAAGCACUGGAAUAUUUUAUUUGUAGAAAUGUGUAUCGCAAUUACUUAAAUUUAUUUUUUUGAAACAGCUGCAGCAAGAGUUGGCACUUAUUCAGAUGUAUCUUCAACCUCUGUUAUUCUGAUGACUGACGAAAGAACUUGAACCUAUGUUAUAUGAUACAAGCAUAACUUGAGCUACACUAAACCACAUGACAGUGUUUAGUUAAUUCUUGUAUAAAUUAGUAUAUCUCUUCUAUUAUUAGUCUGUUUGUUAAAUGCCAGACCACGUUUCUAUGAUCUGUUGAAUGAACCCUAGACAGUUCUGUGAGAAAGCAGCAAUUGCACAGUUACAUACACAGUCAAUUAAAUUUUAACAUUAAAGAUAAUUUAGUUUUAGGUUUGGCCUCUGUGGAUCUGUAUCAGUUCCAAAAUGUGGAAAGCACGGGCAUGGAAAAGUACAUUUUUCUCUAAUAAAAGAAGACAAACCCUUA